CACCGCAGAUUGCAGAACCUUUGUACUUUGUAGUUUGUUACUUUGUAAUGAAGGACGAAAUUUAGUCGUACGCGUGUGUUACAUUUCUGAUAACGCUUUUUAUUGUGAGAAAUGUCUUUAAGUUCUUUAAUCAGAAGAACUCUCUCAGCUACAUUUAUACCGAGACAAGUUCAUUCUAGUCAAACGGGAACCAGAAUUACAAAUUUGCACCACUUCUACCCUAAAGAACCAACCGGAGGAAGAGCCUGUUGAAGAAGUCGCUGGAAGUAAAAAGAAGGCAAUCGUACAGAUACCGGUUGAAACGAGUAUUCAGUACUUACAAAGCAAAGCUUAUAAUAUAACUUACGGGAACAAUCCUGUAUGGAAGAAUUACCGAAGGAACCAUAAAGGUGGGAUACCGCCAUCGAAAACCAGGAAAACCUGUAUCAGAAGUGGAGUGAUAGCAACUGGUAAUCCAUGUCCUCUUUGUCGGGAUGAAUACCUGGUUUUGAGCCCAAAAAAUGUUGAUCUUUUGAAGCAGUUCAUAUCACCUCACACUGGAGAAAUUCUCAGCUAUUCGGUCACUGGUGUAUGCCAGAAGAAAUUCCAGCAACUCAAAAUCGCGAUUUCUAUUGCUAAAGACAGGGGCCUGAUUACUUACGACGUUCCUUUUCGAGAAUACGAUUAUUCUGAUUAUAAGUAAAAUUCCAAAAUGAGAGAAGCGACAAUUGUUAUAAUUGGAGGUGGCAUAGCCGGUGUUUCGUGUUUAGAAAGUUUAGCAAUUUUAGCUCCCGAUGUAAAAGUAAUUUUAAUCAGUGCUUCACCAGUGGUCAAAACGGUCACAAAUCUAAAGCAUUUGACUAAAAUGUUAGCACAUUUUGAUGUUAAAGAAAGAGACGCACAAUGUCUAUCCGACGAGUAUGAGUCUGUUUCUGUUAUCAUUGAUGAAGUAGUGAGAAUAGAUCAUGGUAUAAAAUCUGUUUACACAAAAUCAGGAAUUGAAGUCAAUUAUGAAAAACUUUGCAUUUGUACUGGAGCAUCUCCUAAAGUUUUAAGCACAAACCCACGCAUAUUGACAAUUAGAGAUACAGAUUCUGUGCGCAAAUUCCAAAAGUAUGCUUCAAACAGUAAAAAAAUGGUUGUCGUCGGAAAUGGCGGCAUAGCCACAGAACUUGUUCAUGAAAUAACAGGGAUGGAAAUCGUUUGGGCUAUCAAGGACAAACAUAUUUCUGCCACAUUUAUAGACCCUGGUGCAGCUGAGUUUUUUCAAGACAGGCUGAAAGGAACAGUUGAGGAACAAAAAGACACCGUGGUAAAACGAAUGAAAUACACUGUUGAAGGGCAGGAAGGGUCAAAAGGUGCUGCCUUAGGCCCUGACUGGCAUACAAACGUCAAUUUACAGGGUCUUCUCGACAGUAGACAAGUAACAGUCGAAUAUUCCUGUCAUGUAGUUCAAAUAAAAGAUGGAGAUGACACCUGGCCAGUUUAUGUGGAGUUAUCAAACAAUAAAACAGUGGGUUGUGACUUUGUCGUCUCUGCGAUCGGUGUUCAUCCGAAUGUGAAUUUUCUAUCAAACAGCGAAUUUGAUAUUGCUGAAGACGGCGGUCUGAAGGUAAACUGGAAAAUGGAGACAAGCCAGCCUGAUGUAUACGCAGCUGGUGAUGUCUGUUCAACCGGCUGGGAUUUGGCGCCUCAAUGGUUUCAAAUGCGCCUCUGGACCCAAGCCAGGCAGAUGGGAAUGUACGUCGCAAAAUCAAUGUGCUGCUCGAUUAGAAACGAAGAGCUUCUCCAGGAUUUUUGCUUCGAACUGUUCACUCAUGUGACUACAUUUUUCGGAAUGAAAGUGACACUUUUAGGCCUUUUCAACGGUCAGACCCUAGAUGGCAAAUACGAGAUACUGCUCAGAGUAACAAAAAACAAAGAGUACAUAAAGUUAAUAUUGAAAGACGGUAGAAUGCAAGGAGCAGUACUCAUCGGAGACACCGACAUAGAAGAAAUGUGUGAAAAUUUAAUUUUAAAUCAACUCGAUUUGACCGUUUUCGGCUCUGAACUACUCAAUCCAGAUAUAGACAUUGAUGAUUACUUUGAUUAAUAUAUUAUGUAACAUUUUUAAACUUCAUUAUUUUUAAUGUUUGUGCAAAAAAUAAACAUGAAUAUCAAAAGGCGUCUCACUCUUUGGGGUGGUAGAAUCCAUCAAGGUAUAAAAUUAAUCCAAAUAAAUACUAAUAAUUAAAGACAA